CAGGCCAGUCAGUCAUCCAGACUGUCGCCCCUGCAACUACUGGAAAGGUUGCGGACACACUUCAAGAACCAUGUUUCUCUGACCUCUCCACAGAUUUCCUCUGUUGUGGCUACACAGAUAUUAUACCUGUCUGUAUUGUUGAGGGCCACUAGCUAUCCUGUCUCGGAAAGGUUGGUUCAUAGUAUGGGUGAGAGCUGUGGCAUUUCAUUCGAAGAAACUGUUCAUGGAGGAGUAAUCCAUGACAAGCUGGAGAGAGGUGCAGAGGACACAGUACCUGUCUACUUAUGUACCCAUACACAAGGAUUGACUUUGCAAGAGGAUAGCUCAUUCAGCACCAGACACAAUUGUAGUUUAAGUGAAAUGGAAUUGCAUGAAUUUAGUUGCAGUUUCUGCUUACAGAUAUUUCCUUCAAAAUACAGGCUUAUAAUGCAUAUCUUCACCCACAUUGAUGGUGUACAGCCACCUAUAUUUGUUUGUAGGUCAUGUGGGGAGGUAUUUUCCAGUAAAUCUAGCUUGAACAAACAUUUGAAAGGUAGUGGAGGAAAUGAAGCCUUAUCUGCUGGCAAUAGAGAGAUAUUUGACAGCUGUGAUGAGCAUGAAAACAUUAUCUUGGAAGAUGGUAAAGCAGUUUCUGUAACAGAACAAACUGAGAAGCAGUUUUCACACAAAGGAACUUUGAAAACUUCAAAGAAUUGCAUGAAGGACAUAUGUGACACACACAGUAUAACACAUGUUGCAGAGAGACAAGACAAAAGUGAUAGUUAUGGAACUUCAUGUACAGCAGAUAAUGCCAGUACUGAUGCUGCUGUAGUUACUGUAAAGAGACCCCACAAAUGUGACAUCUGUGGCAAAUCUUUCUUUGAAUUGUGUCAUCUGAAGACACAUUCGUUGAUUCACACUGGAAAGAGACCACACAGAUGCAAUAUUUGUGGCAAAUCUUUUAUUCAGUUAGGUCAUCUCAACAGUCAUUCAUUAAUACAUUCUGGAAAGAAACCACACAAAUGUGACAUUUGUGACAAAUCUUUUAUUGAGUUGCGCUAUCUCAAGGGGCAUUCUUUGGUUCACACUGGCAAGAGACUAUACAAAUGUGAUAUUUGUGGCAAAUCUUUUACACGCUUGCAUAAUCUCAAGAGGCAUGAAUUACUACACGCUGGAUAUAGGCCUCAUAAAUGUGACAUUUGUGGCAAAUGUUUUGCUCAGUUGGAUACUCUCAAGAGCCACACAUUAAUGCACUCUGGAGAGAGACCCCACAAAUGUGACAUUUGUGGUAAAACUUUUACUGAGUUGCGUUGGCUCAAGAGGCACGCAACGAUUCACUCAGGAAAAAGACAACACAAAUGCAAAAUUUGUGGCAAGUCUUUUACUCAGUUGGCUCAUCUUAAGAGCCAUUUACUAAUACACACUGGCAAGAGACGUAAGGAAUAUGCUACCUAAGGCAAAGAAUUUGCGCUUGCUGGUGCCCUCAAGGUCCACAUGAUAAUACAUAUUGGAGGAAGACAUUGACACCUGUGAAAAGCCUUAACAUGUGUCAGGAUUUUGAAGAUAUAUGCAGUAAUAUGCACUAGAAAGAAGUCACAGAGAAUGUGACAGAUCAAUUUGUUUAGCAAGACAUUUCACGAAGUUGCAGUACUAAAAAUGAGAAACCAAUCACCCGAUGUGGACUCUGUGAUUGAUACUCCUAUGUCCCUAUUGCACUUCAGAAGUUCAUCAUUGUAGAGAAAUUGCUUACCUACAUUAGUAAUUGAACAUAUCAUGCAGUAUUCAUCACUCCACAUAGUUGAAGGAAAUGUAAUGGUUUGUCAGUUAUCAUUCUAAAGAUGGGAUGUCAAGACUCAUAUUAGGCAUAGAGCAGGAAAAAAUAAGUUCAUGGCAUAUCCUUCACUCAGGUUAGUAUUUGGAGAAAGAUCACAGUAACGUGAUGAGUGUGGUAGUUGAUACUCGGGCAUACUUACACAACAGUAGUGCUGUGUAUGUAAUGUUGUCUACAUAUGUGUACUUAUUCUGCUGAUCCUCUGUUAUGAAAUAUCUGGUAAUGGCAAAUAUAUACUAAGGAGCCAGAACUAGAUCAUGGGAUUAAUAGUGUGUUGGCCCACCCUUGGAACACUUUGCAGCAGUCAUUCUGCAUGGUCUGAUUUCCAGAGCUAUGUUGUGCCAGAUGUCUAUACAUAGAUCACUCAGUUCCCAAAUUGUAGGCCAACUGGUUUGUGAGCACAGAACAAAUGCCAAGUUAGCUUCCCAGAUGUGUCCCACUAGGUUUGUAUCAGGUAAAUUGGGUGGCCAAUAUGUCAGUAUGAGUUGUAGGCACGAUUGGCAUUGUGACAUGAACAAUUAUCCUGGAAGAUGCUAGCAUUGUAGGGUCAGCCAUCAAGCAUGAGGGCUGUAGGUUGCUGCAGUAAUGGUCUUGUAGUCCACAGACAUCAUUGUCCUUCAGUUAUCGUUUGUACUCUAGCAGCCCAAGUGAAUGCCCCCCAUUACAUAAUACUUCAUGCAUUGACUGUGUCUCUGGGGUGGUGCACAUUUUGAGCAGGUAUUGAUAUGCAUGACGACUUAUUUGGACAGUACUAUUGACCAGCUGUAACAAGUAAAAUCACUUAUGUGUCCAGGUGACAUUUUCAUUGGGCUGUGAUGCAAUCCCAAUAAUCUUGUGCUCACCGCAGUCAUAAUUGUCAAUGUUGUUGGAUCAAAAUGGGAACAUACAGUGUUCGUAUGCUGUGGCACUGUUGUCACACCUGCUAGUGUCACUGUUUCUGUUGUUUUAGAGAGAGGAUCAGCUUCUUACCUUCACAUUCUGCAAAAAGACAUGGAUUUCUUAAUCUUUGUCACCAGUCUGUGGUUUCAAUGCCCUUGAACAACUUUCCAUGGAUGCUCACAAAACUAGCACACAAACAGCCAACCAGUUUUGUUGCUUUUCAGAUGCUCAUUCCCAGGCAAUAGGCCCUAACAAUCUGCCCUUCAUCAGAGGCCGUUGUUGUAGUGGUCUUCAGUCCAAACAUUGGUUUGAUGCAGCUCUCCACACUACUCUAUCCUGUGCAGUCUUCCUCAUCUCUGAAUAACUAUUUCAAUUUACAUCCUUCUGGAUCUGCCUAGUGUAUUCAUCUAUUUCUUCCACUCUAUGAUUUUUACUGCUCCACCUGCCUCAAGUACUAAACUGAUUAUCCCUUGAUAUCUCUGAAUGUGUCCUAUCACCAAUAUUUUCUUCUAGUCAGUUUGUACCACAAAUUUUAUUUCUGUCCAAUUCUAUUCAUUACCUCCACAUUAGUUACUUUAUCUGGUCAUCUAAUCUUCAACAUUAUUCUGUAGCACUACAUUUUGAAAGCAUCUAUUUGCUUUUUGUCUAAGCUGUUUCACAUCCGCACAAAAGCUUUUAGAAAAGACUUCCUAAUGCUUAACUCUGUAUCUCAUGUUAACAAAUUUCUCCUCUGCAGGAACACUUUCCUUACCAUUGCCAGUCUACAUUUUAUGUCCCCUCUACUUUGGCCGUCAUCAGUUAUUUUGCUGCCCAAAUAGCAAACCUCCAUCUCCCACUUGUCUCGUUUCCUAAUCUAAUUCCUGGACCAUCAUCUGAUUUAAUUCAACUUCAUUCAGUUAUCCUUGUUUUGUCCAGUCCAUUCAGCUGUUGCUCCAAGUCCUUUGCUGUCUCUGACAGGAUUACAAUGUCACUUGCCAACCUAAAAGCUUUUAUUUCUUUUCCCUGGACUUUAAUUCGAACUACAAAUUUUCUUUGGUUUCCUUUACUGCUUGCUCAAUGUACAGAUAGAAUAAGAUUAGGGAUAGGCUACAACCAUGUCUCACUCCCUCUCAACAACUGCUUCCCUUUUAUGCCUGUUGAUUCUUCUAACUGCCAUGUGGUUUCUGUACAAGUUGUAACCAGCCUUUUGCUCCCUGUAUUUUACUCCUGCUACCUCCAAAAUUUCAGAGAGAGUAUUCCAGUCAACAUUGUCUAAACCUUUUUGUCAGUCUACAAAUGCUAUAUACAUAGGUUUGCCUAUCCUUAACUAAUCUUCUAAGCUGAAGUCAUAGGGUCAGUAUUCCCUUGAGUGUUUCUACAUUUCUCUGGAAUCCAAACUGAUCUUUCCCAAGGUCAGCUUAUACCAGUUUUUCCAUGCUUCUGUAAAGAAUUUGUGAUUGUAUUUUGCAACCAUGACCUAUAAAAUUAUAGUUUGCUGAUACUAACACCUGCUGUGUUUGGAAUUGGAUUUAUUACAUUUAUCUAUAAGGUAUGAGUGUAUUUCAUAGUCUCAUACAUCUUACUUACCAGAUGGAAGAGGUUUGUCAUUGGCUACCAGUAGUUCUGACAGAAUGUCAUCUACUCCCAAGGCUGUGUUUUGACUCCUGUCUUUCAGUGCUGAAAUUCUUCUUGCAGUAUCAUACCUCCCAUGUGAUGUUCAUCUAUGCCCUCUUCCAUUUCUAUAAUAUUUCCUUAAAGUUCAUCACAGUAUGCUCCUGCCUUUCAGCUCUCCCUUCUUUGCUUAGUACUGGAUUUCUAUCUGAGCUUUUGAUAUUUAUACAGCUGCUUUUAUUUUUUCCAAAGGCUUCUUGAAUUUUCCUGUAUGUAGUACCUAUAUUUCCUCUAGUGAUUCAUAUGAAUCCUUGUACAGGGUGACACACGGGAAAUGGACGGUGUUGAAUUGCGUAGUACUGAGGGCGUGGUGGUGGGAGGUGGUCAUGGUGGGGAUAAUUCUGAUCCACACAAGACGUCAUUUCAUGUACUCAGUCACUAUGGAGCAGUGGGGCUUGCAACAUCGAGUGUUUGUCUAUGACAGUUUCGUGAAAAGUGGUGAGCCUAUUAUUGCUACGCAGCGAUUGUUUCGUGCGCAGUUUAAAGUUGGUCAACAUGGAGCUGUUCCGAGCCGUAACACAAUCCUCAGAUAGGUGGAAAACUUCAGAUCAACUGGAAACAUACUGGAUAAGAAGCAUCCUGGUCCGAGACGCAGAGUAACGACACCAGAAAAUGUUGAAAGGGUAAGGCAAGCAGCAGUCAGAAGCCCAGGACGGUUAGCUUGAUGUCAUGCUAGUGAGUUACGAAUCAGCCGUGAAUCGGUUAGACGAAUUUUGCAUAAAAAAUUAAUAUUCCAUCCCUACAAAAUGCUCAUUGUCCAACAACUUCAGGAAACUGAUUUUGCUGUACGAGAAGACUUCACUUACAGAAUGAAAGUGAUUUUGGGAUCGAAUGAAAAUGAAAUUUUAUUGAUGAGCGAUUAAGCUCAUUUUCAUUUAAACAGGACCAUGAAUAACCAAAAACUAUGUUACUGGGCUCCAGAGCAUUCACACCUUAUCCACCAUCAUCCUCUACACUCAGAAAAAGUAACAGUCUGGUGUGCUCUUGGCUCUGUUGGCAUUGUUGGACCUUAUUUUAUUUUAUUUUUUAAGAGAAUGGGGUCACAGUUAUUGUUAAAUCAAUUUGUCACGUUCGUAUUCUUGAAACCAGAACUAAGAAGAUGACGAAUCCCUUUAAAACACAUUUGGUUCCAGCAGGAUGGGGCAACAUCGCGCACUGCAAGCACUUCAGUGACAGUUGUUGGACGCAUGUUUCCUGGCCAGAUUGUCUCACGUUUUGGCAAUGUUCCUUGGCCUCCCAGGUCUGCCAGCUUGUCAGUAUGUGACUUUUUUCUGUGGAGUUACCUUAGGAACUGUGUCUGUAACCUAAACCUCAAAAUUUGGACGAGUUGAUGAAUGCAAUCAUUCAAGAAAUUGCUGCCAUCCCUGCAGAGAUUUUAGUCCAUGUGAUGGAGGAUUUUGAGAAGAGAAAUGAUGGACAUCACCUUGACAACAUUAUUUUUCACAAAUAACUUUGUGAACUAAAAUGACAAAUAAUGACAUUUCAUUUUGUGUAAAUAAACAUGCAUUAAUUUUAAA